GAAUGUGCUUUUCUACAGUAACGACGACCAAUAUAUACGAGCGUAUUUUAUAUCGAAAGUAGUUUCUUUUCGGAUAAAACUUUCAUCUCCGAUCUACACACAGUUCAGCGUGAACAAAAUAUCGUUGUGGUAAAGAAGUUGUGUGUGUUGUGUUUAUUCUUUUUCUGUGUUCACUUUCUCUACGUACGUAACGUACAGCCCUACUUUAGAGGUUUAAUUUCCGGAACGAACGCGAUACACAUAAGGUUCGUUUUUUGUGAUCUCUUUUCUUUCGAUUACAUUUUGGCAUGGUUGGUCUGCUGGCGCCUGGCGCCAUGGCGAGAUGCUGUGUGUGUGUGAGUGUGUGUUUUUGCUCUUACUCAUAAGUAUACGGCAGCAUGGCCCAGGUCUUGUCUGUGUACUUGGAUGUGUGUGUGUGUGUUUCAGUGUUGUAACGUGAAGUAUAAAAAUUGCUCUGCAAGAUUAUUUGCAAGAAACGAAUAUGUUAGUAAGAAAGUGUACAACAAAACUUGUUUGCGGUAGAAUGGUGUCAGAAACACAUCUCGACAUGGAAUGGCCCACUUUUCAGGCACGCAGCUCGUCGGGAAAGAAACGAAGGGGAACCCUGAAAAACCACUUUGAAUCAGGAGCAGCUCGUACAGCAAACUUCGCUAGUGUUACUCAAUUAUACAAUGAUCAAUGAUCAUACUAUGCAGAGCAAAUCUAAAUUAUCUAACGCAAUACUUAGUAAUGAACGGACAUAUUAGCGUCAAGGGAAAUACAAAACUUACACUACGUGCAUGGACAAAUGUUGAGAAAUCAAAAAAAAAAAAAUAUUCGUUAUGUAAUUUUUAUCUAAAAUAUAUUUUUUCGUAUACUUUUUUCAUCAGUGUUAAAGAACGUUCUUCUUUAUUAAAUUAGAAACAAGAGCUAAGUGUAUAUGUGCGCGUAUGUGCUGUUCGGUGUAAGGUUUCAUCGUGUAUUGUUGCUGACAGAAAAGAGUAUCUCGAGAAAAGGACGUAAAUAACAACAAACAUAUGUUGGUCUAGUUGGCCACAAUUAUCGUUUUAAAAAUUUGGAAAACUGUCCUCAAUAACACGAAACCCCCGUCUAAGUUGAGUAAAAAAAGAAACCGAACUACUUACUUCACCACUUUGAAUCCAGUGUUCAAAGAAUCUGGGCAACGGAAAAGGAAAUUUAUUUCGGAAAAGGAAACGGAUAACGAUCGGGGAAAAAUAACGAUAUUUAACAAAUCCGUCUAUUUUUUGAUCGCGUGGUUCAAGAGAAAGGCGUACACAGAGCAGUAACCAUAAAUUGUUGUUCACUUUAUUCACAAACUUGAGAAGAAAUAUUAAAAGUGGCUUUGAGCAGACAUCCUUGUUGGCAACAGUCGGCAAUAGCCUCAAAUUUGUAUGUUUUUUUUACCAAGUGCUCGGAGUCGGAGCUUUAAGAAGGAGAUCAACACGAUAAAUCAACCCAAGUGCAGCUAUUAUUGAACAACGCCUUCAGCCAAGUAGAAGGUCAGCAAGACGAACACCGAACAGACAAAAGUGGUGUAUGGCUGCGUGCUACAGAUUACUUGGAACGGAAUGUACCCGUCAUCGUUAAGUGUUCGGAAAGCCUUCAAUCACAUUCCUUCAUCCGUGAAGCCUUAUUGGAUGACUAGUUUCCUCUAUUCCUAGAAGGAAUCUCCACCGGCAGAACGACAAGCGUUUAGUUAUUUGGGGCAUUAUGAGCUAAGUCAGUUGGAUGGAUCUUUCCCUAAACAUCGGUUCCAUGGCAUUGUGUGUAAAAAAUCGCAUCUAAGUAAUUCACUAUCGAGUCUUCAUGCCGCGCGAGAGAAUUGCAGCUUGCAGAACGUAAUUUGUUACAAACGAUUAUCCUACACGGGCAAAAUUGUUUGCUUCAAAAUGACUAUAGAGACUGCGCUGCAAAGCAAGCCAAAAACGAUUAGUAAAGCCAACGAAAGCGGAACUGUCCAACAAAAUGUACUUUGGUCAUAUCAGGCAGAUACAACCAAGUUUCAAAUGCGUGAGCCUAUUUCAAUGUUCACCUACGAAUCGGAUAGUGGAAACUCGGGAUAUCAGUCGAUCUAUCAACAUCCAAUGGAUCGCAUUAGUACAACAUCAGCUUCGAAAAGUGAAAUUGUACGCGGAAACAAACACCAACGGCUGCUGAGAGAACCCCUUCGAGAUGAUACAGUAGACAUAGGCUCCGAUUGCAGUACUGAUAGUGACAGAAGCAUUUGUCCCAACAUCGAUUUACUCUUAUGGCGCCCUCGAUGGCAUCGUAAUGUACAUUACCAGCAACAUCACUUACAUCCCCGAGCUACUCAUUGGAGUCGCAUUGUCCAGUUUCAAUUAGUGCUAGUGUUAUCGAUAGUUUUAGUAUUAAGCGGUAUUAAUUCCGUGGUUAACUGUGAUGAAAAUGUAACGAUCGGUGUAAGUGAUAGCAUCGUUGAUGGGAAAGUAACCGGAAGGUUACUAUCAGAUAUUUUGGCCAACAUUAGCAGCAGUAGUGAUGAAGAAACUGAUAUGUUAAAUGUGAAUAAAAUCGAUGAAAUUCUUGAUGGAGGACGUCAUUUCACACAUCACUGGGCUGUGCACAUACCCAACGGAGAUCAGCAAGGUCUAGCAGACCGAGUCGCGGCUGAACACGGUUUCAUCAACCGUGGCGAGAUUUUCCACGAACACUACCACUUUGAGCACAGUCGACUGCACAAACGCUCACUGAAUCCUUCUAAACCACACCAACAACGGUUAGAAUCGGACCGGAGAGUUCGUUGGGCGAAACAACAAAGAGCUAAAUCCCGCCAGAAGCGCGACUUCCGAUCGCUCACGAAAUCGUAUCAGCUGCCCAUCCAACUAAAUGAUCCGAAAUGGCCUGAAAUGUGGUACUUGAACCGCGGUAAUGGGCUAGAUAUGAAUGUGAUUCCUGCUUGGAAAGAAGGUGUAACGGGGAAAGGUGUCGUGGUAACGAUUCUGGACGAUGGGCUGGAAUCGGAUCAUCCGGAUUUGGAGCAUAACUAUGAUCCUUACGCCUCCUAUGAUGUAAAUAGUUCAGACAACGAUCCGAUGCCACACUACGAUCUAACCGACUCAAACCGUCAUGGAACACGGUGUGCUGGUGAAGUAGCGGCCACGGCAAACAAUUCAAAGUGUGCGGUUGGAAUUGCGUACGGAGCGAAAGUCGGUGGAGUGCGAAUGUUGGAUGGAGACGUGACCGAUAUUGUAGAAGCACGCUCAUUGGGUCACAACUCACAGCAUAUAGACAUCUACAGUGCUUCUUGGGGCCCGGAUGAUGACGGAAAAACAGUGGACGGGCCGGGCGAGCUGGCAACUCGCGCUUUUAUCGAAGGUGUUCGAAACGGACGUGGGGGCAAGGGCUCAAUAUUUAUAUGGGCCUCCGGAAACGGUGGUCGUGAGCAUGACAACUGUAACUGUGAUGGCUACACCAACUCCAUCUGGACGCUUUCGAUAUCAUCCACUUCAGAGGAGGGUCAGGUGCCUUGGUUCUCAGAAAUGUGUAGCUCAACGCUAGCAACGACGUACAGUAGCGGGAACACGAACGAAAAGCAAGUGAUCACAACGGAUCUUCAUCAUACUUGCACUUCUUUCCACACGGGCACCUCUGCAUCGGCACCCCUGGCAGCUGGCAUUGCGGCACUAGUUUUAGAAGCCAACCGUAAUCUAACAUGGCGUGACCUCCAACAUAUCGUCGUUCGCACGGCGAAACCAGCUAACCUAAUCGAUCCGAAUUGGUCUGUAAACGGUGUCGGUCGAAGAGUGUCUCAUUCGUUCGGUUACGGUCUAAUGGAUGCAGCGGCAAUGGUCCGUUUGGCACGCACCUGGAAAACUGUCCCGGAGCAGCAGGUCUGUGAAAUUAACGCUCGACAUCUAGACAAGCAAAUACCUCCUCGAACCAAAGUGACUAUGCAGUUGAUUGUGGAGCACUGCAUGGGCGUGAACUAUCUGGAGCACGUACAGGCAAAAAUUACCCUCACUUCGCAAAGACGUGGAGAUAUCAAAAUCUUCCUGACAUCACCAUCUGGAACACGGGUCACGCUACUUACGCCUAGAUCCCAUGAUUUGUCACGGUCCGGGUUUAAUCAAUGGCCGUUCAUGUCGGUGCAUACGUGGGGUGAAGCACCCCACGGUACCUGGCAGCUGGAGAUCCACAACGAAGGUCGUUUGUUAGGAUACUCUGUUAUAAGAGGCUGGUCGCUGGUGCUUUACGGUACGAAUAUUCCUCCGGAUCCAAACGAUCCACCGAAUGUCUCGAGACCACAUUCAACACCAUCGCAGGCACUUCUACCAAUUCUUCCUGCCACUGGCUUCAAAAGCUAUACGGUCGGUGGAGGAUCAAAGAAUUACUAUUCUUCAGCGUCGUCGUCGUCCACAUCUUCCUCCGUAUCUUCGUCAGGAAUAGUAGGAGUAUCGGCUGUAUCGUCGUCGUCGUCGUCGAUUGCUUUAAAACCAAACCGCAAACAGCAACAGCUACAAUAUCAGACUCAGUAUCAACAAACGGGUUCAUCGGUGUCUGUUCAAUACGGAAUAACACCGGCCUAUAGUCAAGGGACUAGUACUAGCAGUAUCAGUAACAGCAACAUCAACAAUGGUAAUAACAAUCGUGGCAACAAAGGAAAGAACAACAAAAAUAAGGCAAAUAAGAACUCUGCAAAAACCACAACCGUACGGCCUUCAUUAACGCUAGUCAACCAACAGCCGGCGGUUAACAUGUACUUCAACAACUAUGGUGCCGGAAAUACAAACACUGGUGGCCGAAAAAAUCCCUCCUCAAAACAAAAGCCAGUGUCACCACUGCAAGCUAUGAAUUACGGUAAAGGCGACAAAUACCAAGUGAUGACCUCGAAUAUAAAGGAUAAGCAAAUCGCUAUCAAGGCUCCGAAACAAGUCAAACAAAAUGGAUUUCAACCCCCCUCAAAGUUUUCUUCUUCCAACCAAUCCUCGGCAUCAUUAGCCUCCUCAAAUACUGGAUUUACAGGAUCGGUUCGGAAGACCACAACCACAGCCGCAACAACGACUGCAGGUGGCAGCGGCACAUCAACAACUUUGGCGUCUUCUUUCUCGAUCGCACAGCAAAGCGCAACGAUGGAUGGUGGGAGUGUAUCACCUUCAAGUAGUAUGGGCGCUGGAAGGGGGGCAUUAACGGUUUCGUUCAGUGGUACCACCGUUACCGCAAGCCCAAUAAACAAUGACCGCUAUCCGGCCGCAUCCUCCAUCAAUGCUCGCAUACCGAAGGUCUUUCAGCAGUACGACAAAAUACAGCAAUUUUAUCCCGAACUACAGCCCUACUCUUCUAUUCGGGAUGAACACGAUCUACACUCACCUCCGUUGUCUGAGGGGCAAUCAGGUCAAGUUUCACCACUUCCAUCUCCGGUGGAGAAGCUUAAUCUCACGACGGGUUCUAGCUCUAGCCCAACUAAAAAUAACUUCCAAUUCCAAACGACUGGCAAAGGAGCGAUGAUUUCUAGCUCGAAAUUAUCGGUACCACCUGGAAUUAUGCUCGCUUCAGGUGGCACUACGCUCGAUUCUGGUAGUGCCUCUACAAUUGGCAAACCAUCACGUGCCAAGAUCUUUUUCCCCGAUUCGGACAUCAUUGAUGCGAUACCUCGUAAAAUUUCAUCCAGUUUACAGCCGAUUGCACCUUCUUACGUAUCUUCACCAUACUACAGUCGCACGCAAAGCUCCUUUAUUUCGUCUUCCAAUGACCAGAAGCACGGAAAGGCUCAAAUCACACAAUGGGAUCUUAUUUUCUACGGCACGGAAACGCCUGCUCAAUCAAAUGAUCCGGUUCGAUUUGGUAAACCCGGUUAUGAUAGUAAUAUCGGAGGUGAACUGGAACAUAAUGCCCUAGAAUUUGACAGCGGCGUGACGAGCGACCAAUGGCGAGAUAUGCAACAGAUUGGCGAGGGACACAGUGAGGUACAGAGGACCUCAUCUAACGACGUGACGGCGAUAUCCUGCGCACGAUUUGAUGCCACCAGCUGUAUAGAAUGCAAACCAAUCGCGUACUAUUAUAAAGGCCGUUGCUAUAUUCAAUGUCCUCCAGGAACAUAUCCCUCGGUAUCGCUAACUCCGGAAACUAAUGGCACGUCCAAUCAAGAUGACCUCGAUGAAAUAGCAACAAACGUUCAACAACCACUGCCACCGUCAUACCUUCGUCGACGCCUUAAACAACAUGCGGUGGUCGAUGCAUCGAUGAACAGCCCUCCGUCUAAAACAACCCAUCUACCAAACUCCAGUAUUAAUCUGCCCCAAUGCCUGCAGUGCCAUACGACCUGCCUCAAGUGUACCGGUGCGAAAGCGACCGACUGCACCGAAUGUCAAGCUGCCUUUCGCUUUCAACCGAUUGCAUCCGGUGGUGAAAGUUGCAUUUGUGUGUCCAUCAACGACAAGCGACCGCAGCAGUUGGGAUUCUUUAAUAAUGGUUCUUCUGCUCAACUGAAAACAUCCGGGCUCGCUUCACCUUCCGUCGCAAUGGAUUCGGAUUUGGUGCACCACAACUACCUUCCAUCCAUUUUCUUUCUUAGUGGAGUGCUUGUAUUCGCAUUUGGUGCAAUUUACGUACUUUGGUUGCAUUGCUUCCAGGGAACGCCCGGCAUUGGAGAUCUCACCGGCGUUAGUACGAUGGUAGGUGACAAUGGUGAUGGAGGAGGUGGUGCUGGAUUGACCAGCAUUCGGUAUGAUCGGGUCCAUACCAACGAACAGGAAGAGGACGAACUGUUCGAGGAGGAUGAAAGCGCUAGUAGUGGCGAUGAUGACGGCGUAUUGUGGCCCGUUUCCGCCACACAAAUUAUUGCUAAAAUCGAUCGGUCAACGGUCGAAACAUAAAAUUCUAAUGCAUAUUACGAACCUAGCACAACACAUUAAAGAAAACCAAAAAAACUUAAACGAGAUCAGUACAGUAAGGAGCUUAGGUAGUGAAGCUCUUUUCUGUACUUUGUAAACUGACAAUAAAUCGUGCACAUAAGGCUCAUAUUUUCAUCAUAAUGUUUUAAUGUUCAUAAUGUAAACUAAGGAGUUAGGAUGAAUUAAAAUGAAUCCAUAGCACACCCAGUACUCGAAACGUUUAGUAAAAGUUUAUUUAACAUUUUUUUAUGAGUUUACUAUUACAAUAGUUGUGCCACUGUUACAAAUGUACUUCUGUUUUAUAUCGUUGUAAAAGUAUUCUAAGGAGACAUUAAGUAUACAAUUAAUAACCCCGAUUUCUGUAUCGCAAUCAAAAAUAUGCAAAAACAAAAAGACUCCAUAUCCAGUCGCGAUUAACAACGUUUUCGUUCCUAUUCCACAAAAUGUUGAUUGCACAGAACAUGCUACUACGGGUAAAUGCAAGUCAAGAAAUUGCACGCCAAAAUUUUGGAAGAUGUAGUGUCACAAAGGAAAAAAGAAGAAAGGUUUCAGAGUCAAAAAUAUUUAAUAAAUCCGCUUUAAUGUUUUAUUAGUGUACUGUUUUCGACGUAAUAAUGUCAGUAUCUCAUGGUUUUGUGUAAAAAUCAACUCGAGCACGCGUUUAGAUUGUAAAUAAAUCUGUUGAUGCAUACGGCUGGCCCUGGAAAACCGCUGAUUGUAAAUACAAAAAAAAGCAAUUAACUUUUCAAAGUUCUCACUAA